ACUAUCGCGCCAAUAACUUCGCAGCGUCCCCUUCAUUGGGGCGGGACUUCAUUGCAGAAAGAAAGCUGGCACACGCCACUCAUGCGCAGCCCUCGUUCCUCAUUGGUUCGCUCGUUAUGAAUGAGGUGGGUCUUGACGACACUCACCGUGGAAGCUACUGUUGAAAUUCCAGUGCUAAUCAACUUUAGCCGGCUUGCUAACAUCUACCGGUUAAUUAAUCGAACGCGAAGAGCUUCAUUUACAGCGUUACUGUUGACAUGAGUAAAUUAGCAUUUAUUUGCAACAGAGCGAUAUAUGACAAAUAGUAUUCUAGUUUUCUACUGCGCCUGUAUCCGUUACUGCAACCAUGACCAGUUAGCCGGAACGACGCAAUCGGUGGAUAACGAACCGGGCAAGCUAGCCCGCCAGCCCGUUUCGACUGGGUCCGCGCUGAGGGGUUUGAGCAGGUUUCGUCGCCCGGAGGACACCAAAGCCGGGUGCUGUGACCACCAUGAGUCCCGCGGGCUGCCCUCAUGUCAACGGCUUCAAAGUGGACAACUGGAAGCAGAACCUGAGGGUCAUUUAUCAGUGUUUCGUGUGGAGCGGUUCAGCCGAGACCAGAAAACGCAAGGCCAAGUCGUGUAUCUGCCACAUGUGUGGUGCCCACCUCAACAGACUCCACUCCUGCCUCUCCUGCGUCUUCUUCGCCUGCUUUGCCAAAAAACACAUCCACGAACACGCCAAGAGCAAAAGGCAUAACCUGGCUAUUGACCUGCUCUAUGGAGGGAUUUACUGUUUUGUGUGCCAAGACUACAUUUAUGACAAAGACAUGGAGCAGAUUGCCAAAGACGAACAGAGGAAAGCCUGGAAAAUGCAAGGUACGGCACAUACCACACACACCGUUGUGUACACUUUAUGUGAAAGCCGAAUGAUGUCUCUGGUGAGUGUUACAGCGCGUGUGUGUGUUCCAGGUGUAGGGGAGAAGUACUCCACUUGGGAGCCCACCAAGCGGGAACUGGAGCUGCUCCGCCACAAUCCCAAAAGAAGGAGGAUCACCUCCAACUGUACUAUUGGCCUGCGGGGGCUGAUAAACCUGGGCAACACGUGCUUCAUGAACUGCAUCGUCCAGGCGCUGACGCACACCCCGCUGUUGCGCGACUUCUUCCUGUCCGACCGACACAAAUGCGAGAUGCAGAGCAACUCCUGUUUGGUGUGCGAGAUGUCGCAGCUCUUCCAAGAGUUCUACUCAGGCCACCGGUCGCCGCACAUCCCGUUCCGACUCCUCCACCUAGUGUGGACCCACGCCCGCCACCUGGCCGGCUACGAGCAGCAGGACGCCCACGAGUUCCUCAUCGCGGCGCUGGAUGUGCUGCACAGACACUGCAAAGACGACAACGGGAAGAAAGCCAACAACCCCAACCACUGCAACUGCAUCAUCGACCAAAUCUUCACGGGGGGCCUGCAGUCUGACGUCACCUGUCAAGUCUGCCAUGGCGUCUCCACCACCAUAGACCCCUUCUGGGACAUCAGCCUGGACCUGCCCGGCUCCUCCACUCCGUUCUGGCCCCUCAGCCCCGGAGACAGUUCGGCGCUUAACGGGGAGAGUCACGCCACCGGAGCCACGACACUCACGGACUGCCUGCGCAGGUUCACCCGGCCAGAGCACCUUGGCAGCAGCGCCAAGAUCAAGUGCAGCGGUUGCCAUAGUUACCAGGAGUCCACCAAGCAGCUGACCAUGAAGAAGCUGCCCAUCGUGGCCUGCUUUCACGUCAAAAGGUUCGAGCAUUCGGCCAAACUGCGGCGCAAGAUCACGACUUACGUGUCCUUCCCGCUGGAGCUGGACAUGACGCCGUUCAUGGCCUCCAGCAAAGAAAGCAGGAUGAACGGGCAGUACCAGCAGAGCCUGGAACCCUUCAACAAUGACAACAAGUACAGUCUGUUUGCAGUGGUGAACCACCAGGGGACGCUGGAGAGCGGCCACUACACCACCUUCAUUCGGCAACACAAGGACCAGUGGUUCAAAUGUGACGACGCCAUCAUAACGAAGGCCAGCAUCAAGGACGUGCUGGACAGUGAAGGGUAUCUUUUGUUUUAUCACAAACAGUUCCUGGAGUACGAGUGAGCGAGGGUUAGUUGCACGAGGAAAGGUAAACGGCGUGCUGAGGGAGGCGUGGACACAGACACACAAUCCCUCACCCUCCCUACAUGCUAAUCCCACAUCAGAGGGGACAAAACCUGAAUGCAAGAGCUUUAAGUGGGAGAUUUGUCUUUGGUCUGCUUGAAGUCGGGGGGGGGGGGGGGCUGAAGAAGGAUUGACCGCCUGCUUGGCACAGCGGCGCGUCCCUCUGUUUCAGAGACACACAAAGGGGCAGCGAGGCUGUUUUCCGCCUUUUUUGUUGAGGUUUACUCGAUCACGAAUGCUGUUCUUCACCACGUUUUGUGCUCGCACAGCUGCGUCUAGUAAGUCACGGGGGUUCCCCCCCCCCCCCCCCCCCCCUCUCUCACCCCCAUUCACCUGAAGCCGUUUCCUGAUGGGCACAAACACACUCAUCUAACACAACCACACUCCUGCAAAUGACCAAAUUUUUCAAGUUGUCUUAUUAUGCAUUUCUGUUGAGGAGGGGGGGUUAUGAGCAUCAGAUAAAGGGACAGUUGAUUCCACUCAUUGACUGUGGGCUUGUGGUUGUCAGUGGAAUACUUCUACAAAAAAGUACGCACAGGAUCUGUUCUCUUCUGCCUCUCGUGCUGCUUCCGACAGUCACAAGGAAAUAAAUGACAGUGAAUUCUCUAUUUUUAUACAUGUGUAACUGUAAUCUCUCUCCUUGUUAUAUUGUGCCGUCUGCAUUUUUUUAAAUUAAUUUUUAAACACCCAAUACGGUGCUGAUGGUGUUCAACCUGUCGCCACGGCUUCGUUUCACUUGUCGUUUUUUUUCUGUUUAGUUUGUCUUCAAUUUGUCAAAUGUUUUGGUGUUCAAUAGGCAUAUUUUUCAUGUUGCAUAUACUUUGUUGUGAUGCUAUUUCAGGUGUGUGUGUGUGUGUGAGAGAGUGAGAGAGAGAGAGCUCAGUGUAGGUGUGUUUGUAUAAAAUGUGUUAUUACGCGAUAAAAUGAGAGACAAAAAAAAUCUAUUGUGCGUGUGUGUAUGCACACGUAUGUAUCGUAUGUUCCUGUACUGAAUCAGUACUUACGUUCAGCAUGCCGUCUGAGCUGGGUAUCGCAGUUUGUUGGGAUUUCUUUUCCACAUGUUGACAAGUAUGUGCACUUUGUAUGUAUAAGAGACUAAAUGGUGAAACCUCAAAUUGGAUUUUUGUUCUUCUAUAUAUCGCUGGAUCCGAAACACGGGUCGUAUUCAGAAGAAACUCAACCCAGUCAGUCAUUCCUCACACACACACACGUAACUACUGCAAGAACUGGACACAGUGAUGGAAAGACAC